AUGCUCUCCAGCAAGUCCUCUGCCCGCCCCACGCGUGACGAGGAGGCCAAGAAAGCAGCCGCCGCGGCGAUCGAGCCAGUGCGCUCAUAUUUCAAUUCAAGCGACAAGCUGGCCGUCCACACCCACUUUCCCUCGGGUCUCGAGAUGGUCGAGGAGUACUCGAACGCGUCCGACGAUCUUCUCUGUCCGUGUUUGCCAGGAUGUGAAUCGGAUCUCGGCGUCGUGGCUUCGAGCAUCGAUAGAGCAGCGCUGACACAGCACCUCGUUUUCCCGCCCGUCACAGUGCGCAAGACUCGAUCAAAGUCCCUGAUCGGCCGCGAGCUGCCUUGGACCUACGAGGUCGGGGAACCGCCUCUGGCCCAACGCACGGCCACCCUCAGCGACGACGCCCCGAUCCGAGAAUCGUCACAGACGCCCGUGGUGCACCGCCGAGAUACUCGUUUGCUGUUUUCUUGGCGGAUCCGGAACCUGCCCUAUCCCAAGGACACUUAUGUGAUCGGCGUCGACCAGGCAACCAGCGAAGUUGUCGUUCGAACAACCAACAAGAAAUACUAUGUGCGUCUGGCCAUGCCCGACAUGCGACGAGCCGGAAUCUCCCUAGACCAAAGCUCGGUCAAACACGAUUGGGGAGCCAAUACUUUGGUUAUUGCGUACACCAAGCCCCAGGCUAUCCUCGAGAAAGAAGACCGGGAGCGCCGAGAGCGAAUCGAUAUGAGGAAAAAAGGAGAGUACGGGUCCAUAUAGACCUGCAUUUGCCGAGAUUGCAAACAGGCCAAGCCCGCAGUCUUCCCUCACCGCACACUUGGUACCGCGCAUCUACAAGAAAACCAUCAGCGAUGCUCUAGGAAAGGCUCUCGUGGACCUUGAUGGAUGGGCGAUAGAUAGAGAGAUAUAUGGAUGGCGAUUGGAGUUUAUCCCGCCAAGAUGACAGCUGGGAGCAAUAU